UCACAACAUAAAAACCCCACAGGAAAAGAGAGUGAGCUCCUUUUGCGCAUAUUGCCCUAACCUUUGGAUUUCAAACAGAGACCCACACAGAGAAUUCAAGAUUUUGGUUUCUGGGGAUUAUUUGUGGUGAAAAUGAGUCCAGCGUUGACAGUUCUUAAACUUUCUCUCCUUCUUUACUGUGUUUCUGAACUUGGAGCCAUCAGGUUGCAGUCGAGCCCACAGGCCAAUGGAGGCUGGAUCACAACAGAGCUGGAGGAGACAGUGUCUCUCACCUGCCUGGUGGAAGCGGGCGAUCCAGAGAAGGAGCUGGAGUGGUUCCGGAAUGGGGCUUUAGUGAAGCUGCAGGAAGGGAACCGACUGGAGCAGAGCAGCCUCUGCAUUAACCCCGUGUUCAAGGAGGACAACAGCGCCAUUUUCACCUGUCAGCUGAGGACGGACGCCAGCUCCAACGCCUCAGUGCAGCUGGACGUGCUAUUCCCCCCAGAGCUCUCCGGCCACGACACCGUGCUGGUGGAGGAGGACAGUGACGCGGUUUUGACCUGCAACAUCCAUGCCAACCCCCAAGUGACCGUAACCUGGCUACGGGACGAAGCAGAGCUGGACAUGGAGAGCGGGGGCUACGUGCUGUCUCAGAGCGCGACGGAGGCUCGGCUCUCCAUUUACAAGAUAAAGCGCGGUCUCCACCAGGGAACAUACAGCUGUGUCACCGUCUCCUCCAAAUACGGGAAAAUAACCAAGUCAUUCCAGCUAACCGUGGAAGAUAAGACCAUGAAGUUCCCCUUGGGCCCCAUCAUCGCUGGGGUAGUGGUAGUAUUCUUCACUGUUGUUCUGGCCUUUAUUUCAAGGUGGAACAGAAUCAAGCAGUGCUGUAAGUAAGAGAGCUUCCCCAAUAAACUGACAAAAAGCCUAUGGAUUUGAGCCAUCGAGCUCUGAGGAGAUGAACCUUUGGAAAUUAUGCUGGAGAAACUACUGAAGAGCUCAAGCAGAUGUGAUGCAAGACACAACAUCCUCUGAGCCUUAGACAUGGAUAUGAGCAGGCCUUUAGUAAGCAAUUAAAGAAGCAAACACUGAAAAAUCC